AUGGACGAAGAUCGAGAAAAUCAAUUGGCUGAAUUGGAAGCGUUAGAAAGUGUGCUACGGGAAGGAAAAUUGCUCAGAUUAGCCGAAACUUCGGGUAUAAUAACACUAGAUUUCGACGUGACAAAUAUUAAAAUCUACGGAACUUUGGAGAACGGUGAGCGUUUCGAAAAUGAGCUCAAAUUCCUGCCGCCUGCAAAACUACGCUUCGAUUUCCCGGCCGAUUAUCCGUCAGUUUCGACGCCGAAAUUCGAAAUACAAACCGAUUGGCUAACUAAAGAACAGGUGAGAAAAUGCACAUAGUUAUUUUUCUUUUUGCUGAAAACAACGAGUGCAAAAAGGGCGAAAAAAUGAAUAAAUUAUUAUGAUAAUCUAGAAGGAAAACAGGUGAAAAAUUGAUUUUUUGGUUGCAACAAAAAAAACAGAAGAAAAAGUUUUAGUGUUUAACAUUAUGAUUUGACUGGCUUCGUUGGAUGAUCAAAAUGAUAAUGACAAUAGGGAUUAUUGGAUUUUGUUAUUUUGAACCGGAUUAAUGUUUGCACCUGGAAUUUACUCAAAUUUAAAGGACUACAGAAGUCGUUAGUUAAUGCUAAAUGACUCCGAAGAACGAAAAAUUCGAAAAAUAGAGAUUUUCUAGAAAAUCUCUUAGGAAUAUGAGUAAUUUUCACAUAUUUUUCUGAAUUUUUCAUGCGUUUUUAUCGCAGUAGAAGAUCAGAAACCGUCUGCUGUUGGUUAUGACGUGGAAAAGGCUUGUUAGAGUCCUGUAGGCAAAGUUUCACGGAACUUUGCUUCCUAGUUGAACUUUCUUGGAAUUUCCCGAGAAAUUUUCACCUGCUGAUCAACUCUGUGUUAUCAGAAAUCAUCAAAAACUUCUCUGAAAGUUGGUUAUGACGUGGAAAAUGGAAAAAUCACGUAAUUCAAGUCAAAGUUUGAGACUUGAUACGAAAUUUAGAGUAUUUUGAGUGCAAAUUAAACUAUGUUGAUUUUUUUGACGAAAUAUGGCGUAUUUCUAACCUAAAUGUCGUUUUUGUGGUCUCGCCGCGAAAUUUCGUCUUUUCAAGUUCUAAAUAUCACUAUGUUCCUUUAAAUUAGAGUCUCGUCACGAAAUUUUCGUUCAUACUGAACUAUUUGACUUGAGAAGGCUUCAGACUCAAAAUUCUCACAUUUUGGGUCUUUGAAUCUAUGAAAAUCAUGCAAAUUCCUUCGAAAAAUUUGAAAUUUUCAUGUGGAAAUUGAUUUUUGAGCCGAAAUUUCGGGGAUUUCAAAUUUCAGACCUUGAAAAAAGAGCCCAAGAUACAUUUUUCUAAUAAAGAAAGUCUAGUUUAAUCCAGCAAAAAAGUCAUUUCAUUUGUGUUUCAAAAAAUUCCAAUUUUCUUAAGUAUCAUCUUCUUCCUCUUAUUUUUCCCAUGGUUUUUUCUCAAGUAACAAAAAGAAAAAAGAGGAAAAUAGAAAGUUAAUCCGCACUUUGAUUAGUUAGCGAGUCUUUUUGUGAAUGACAAUAUGCUGAAAAUGCUCCAUUUUCAGAGCGAAGCUAGAAAAAAAAAUAAAUUCGGCACAAAAAAUGAAUAAUAAAUGAAAUGGCGAACGAAUUCUAUGAGAAUUUUCGUGUUUUUCUGCUGGAAAAUGGGAAAAUAAUUAAAUAACUAUAUAAAAUAAUGUGAGGUGAUUAGAGCUCAAAAGAUCGUGCUCGAAAAAUCUCUCAGAGAGAAAACAGGAAGAAUUUUUAAAAACUCACUUUUUUUCCUAGUGGAAAAAUGAGCUAGCCUGAAAAUGUUUGGUUAAUUAUUCAUGAGUAGGUUAAAUAGUUUUUUCUUGGGAAAAACGCCACCGAAAAAUGAGUUUGUUUUGUUGGACUCGAAAAUUGGCUCAUAGCGUAUGAAAAGUGGGCGGAGUCAAAGAGAAGAGAUAAUUUUAAAAUUCUAGUGCUCUUUUGGUUUUUUGUGCUCAGGAGAUGUUUGAAAUUAGCUUGUUCAGCGAACUUUGGAGCGAAAAUGAGAAAAUUGCGGAAAUUUAGAAUUUUGGAAAAAUUUCGUCACAAAUCUUUUGAUCCAAAUCUUCGUACUUAUUAAUUUAUUUUCCGAGAAUGACGAGUUAGAACUGAUCAUUUCUGAUCGGUGUGCAGAUCACGAUUCAGCAUCAAGUUUCGUCUAGCUCAAAUCUCAUAUGACGCGGCAAAGUUUGUAUAUCUCGAAAAUUGUGGAUAACUUUGAGCCGGUUCUAAAUAUCAAAUUUGAAUUUUUAUCAAAUUUGAAAUUUGAAUUUUUCAAGGAAAAAUAUUGAUUAGUUUCAAAUGGGGAUUUUGUGUUUUGGCACUUCAAAUAAUCUGAUGAAAAUAAAUAUUAUGGCUUACAAUUAGAGAUCAUCCGAUUUUCAAACGUCUGAAAUUCUGAAAAACUUGAAUUAAAAAUAGUGUUUGAUAAUACACGUCAUAACGUUAUUUUUGAAGUUAACUCGGUGUUAAAUUUUAGAUCAAAUAGAACAAGCUAACCUAAUUAUAGGGUUUAGCCUGAAAUUACAACUUGAGUUAACUCUAAUUUAAUAUUUCAAUACUGUCAUAGUUCAUAGUAUUCAAAUGUUAAAUUAAAGUUAGUUUAAGUUAUAAUUUUAAGCUAAACCCUAUAAUUAGGAUAGCUUGUUCUAUUUUACUUGAAAUUGAACUCCGAAUUCCCUAUGAAGUGAAAAACAAUCCUGGUUUCGAUGAAAUCUUUGUUUCCCACAAAGAACAGCAAUUAAGAAACCCCACUUAAAAUUGAUAGUUCUUUGAGUUUUGUUAAAAUAAUCAUAAAUGUCAAUUCCAGACCUCAAAAUGUCUCGAAGAAAUGCGACAAAUUUGCGAGGAAAACGAAUCGAUGCCAGUUUUGUAUUUUUGUUAUGAUAAAUUGAUGGAAAUUGUAGCCGAAAUUGGGACGAAUAAUAAGAUUGUUUUGAAUGAUGCAUUGGUGUUGGAAGUUGAGGUAACUUGAACAUUUUUUGAUCAAACAUUUGAAUACCGAGAUAAUUGCAGAAAAAUCUGACAAUUUCUCAACUUCGAAAUCGUGUAAUUGGACAAUCUGAAGACGAAUCAGCUGAGCAUUUCAAUAACGCGAAUUUUGAGUGUAAAAUAUGUUAUGAUGAGGUUUUGGGAGAGCAUUGUCAUCAAUUCCAACCUUGCGGACAUGUUUUUUGUAUCAGUUGCAUUGAGAAUUAUUUUGAGUGUUUGGUUAAUAAUAAUUUGGUGAGUUUUGCAGGGUUUUUAUCUGAAAUUCGACUGGAAAUUGGAUUUUUCCAGCCAAAUAGUCUGAAAUGUCUCGCCGAAGGAUGCACCACACCAUGCGAGCACGCUUUCAUUCAAAAAGUGCUGAAACCAGCCGAAUUUUUGAGAUAUGAGAGUAUUUUGUUGGAAAAAGCGAUUCAGGAAAUCGAUGAUGCUGUGCAGUGUCCGAGAGAAGAUUGUGCAAAAGUGGCGUAUUUGACGGAUCCGUGAGUUUUUUUUUGGGGGGAGAAAAUUGAGUUUCAGAAGCUCAAAAUUGUUCUGGUUUCUGGAAAAAGCAGAUUUUGAGCUUAAAUUUCUGAAAUCUAAUUCAAUCUCAAAAAAAUCUUGUCUCAAAUUUCACUUUUUUUUUGGUGAUGAACUUUUUAAAGUGCACAUUUUUUGAACAGGAAAAACGAAUUUUCGAGAAAAAAAUCGCUGAAAUUAAUUUAAGUUCCAAAAAUUGAGCUCAAAAAUAUAAUUUUCAAAAAAUCUGAAAUUUUGAGCUCUGAAUUUGCUCAAAAAUUUAAAUUUUGAGCCGAAAAUGCUCAUUUUCCAGCUCAAAAAACCUAGUCGAAUGCACAUAUUGCUCAUCAUCAUUUUGUAAUUUGUGUAAACAAACAUUUCACGGGAUUUCAGGAUGCAAAUUCAAACAAGGUAAAUUUCCCCGAUUUAGCCUCCGAAAAUCCCAUAUUUUUUCAGAAGACAAAACUGCAAUUCUUGAAAAAUGGCGAGAAUCUGGUUUGGAAGAGCGAAAAGAGAUGGCGAAGAAUUUCGGAGGAAUGCGAAAUUUGGAAAUUAUUAUCGAAAAUUUCGAAAACGAUGAAUGGAAAGAUGCAAACUCGAAACAAUGUCCGAAAUGUUGUGUUAGUAUUGAGGUGAGUUAGAGCAAGUGGAAAAUUUGAGAAUAUCAUGAUUUUUGGACCCGAAACCCGGAUUUUUUGCAGAAAAACGAUGGAUGCCAUAAAAUGCAUUGUACAAAAUGCGACACGUAUUUUUGUUGGCUCUGCCAAAAAGUUUUGCACAAAAAUGAUCCCUAUCAACAUUUUCGAGGAGAUGUGAGUUUUUUGGGCUUAGGGCCGAAUUUUCAAGGAUUUUGGACCUUUUUUUUGUCAAAUUUCUGACCAUUUUUAACAGUGGAAAUAUUCUGUGAAAAAUUACGUUUCAAAAUAUUUUUACAUUUUUAUGGGCUUUUAGAAUUAGUGCUGGAAGUGUGUGGAAUAAUGUGUUGAAGAUUACUUCAAAAAGUUCGAUUUUUCAUGAAAAUUUGAAUAAGGACAGGGAAAAUUUAUAAAUUUUCGAUAAAAAUCAAUGAUUUUUCUCAUUUUCAUAAGGUUUCGGGUCAUUUUUGUCAAAUUUCUGACCAUUUUUAACAGAGCAAAAUAUUCAGGGAAAAAUUACGUUUCAAAAUAUUUCUGUAUAUUUUUGUGAGAUUUUGGAAUUAGUAGUAUAAUGGUGAUGAAUAUUACCUCAAAAUCUUCAAAUUUUCAGAAAAAUUUGAAUAAGAGUAGCGAUUUUUACUACUAAACUUGAUUUUGCAUUGAAAAUUCUCCGAUUUCCGACCGAAAAUCAGUGAUUUUUCUCAUUUUUCAUAGGGUUUCGGGCUUUUUUGUCAAAAUUCUGAUCAUUUUUAAUUAACAGCGCAAAAUAUUCUGUGAAAAAUACGUUUCAAAAUAUUUUUAUAUUUUUGGGAGGUUUUGGAACUACUGAUGGGUGGAUUUCACCACAAUAAUUAUGAUUUUUCAUUGAAAAAUUGAAUUUUCGAUAAAAAAUGAGUGAUUUUUCAUCAAAUUCUGUUGCAGGGUGAAUGUGCUGGUCGAUUGUUCGAAGGUGUUGAUGGAGCUGAUCCCGAAGAUGAUGAUGAUGAACAUUUUGAUCGUCAAGUUGUGAUAGGAGAUCUCGUUGAUGUUGAUUUUGAUGAGGAAGAUGACGAUGUCGAAUUUGUGCUGAAUUUUGAUGAUUUCAAUGAAGCUUUUGAUGAUGGAUCUGGGGAAGAAGAGGAAAAUUCUGAGGAAGAGGAAGCCGAAUAA